AUGAAGAAGUCCAUAUACGAGACGUUCCGCCCAAGGGUCGAGUUGCUUGAUGAUUGGGCUGAUCUGAGGGGUUCCCGUUCAUUGCUGGAGGUAAUGCCACCCCACCACACAGUGUUAAGUCCACUACUCAGACUUACGCCUGAAGGGGUGGCUUUUCCAACGCCAAUAGAGGUGGAAGUGCCCACAUGUAGUGGCGCUGAGAGUGCAUGGCGAUCAACUGCUACCGUGUGGGAGAACGUGGAGAUCAGUUUAGUCCGUGAUCGCGCCAUCCUGGUUCUGAGGCACUUCUGCGAUGUAAUUGUCAGCGGCCGAUGCGCUAUCAGAGCCAUGGGUUUCAUAAAGCUCGACCAGCCUGUGGCGAAGCUGGCGGUGACGCACGCUACCUUUGAAGAACUGUUUGGUCCAACCGGGUCUUUUGCAUCCGUUGUUCAAACUUGCUUUCUGCUUAGCAAUACUGUAGGCAACGACGAUGAGGAAUUGCGAGGAUUUCGCGAGUGUGGCCCCACUGCUAGACUUGGCACCUAUAACCCUGAUGAAAACCUCAACAUCAAGGUCCCCGGCGCUGGAUGUAUCCAGCUGAAAAUGCGGUUCCACCGUUUUCCGCUAGUUUCGCCCAAGUUGGACACGCCAUCGAAGAUGUCCUUCAGUACUUUGGCACUUCUUCGCCCUAUAACCCUGAUUGAAAGACCUCAACACCUCUUCAAGGUCCCCACGCUGGUCCAAGUUGGUCCAAGCCCUGCUGCGUCAAGUUCUGCCAGUGGCCAUGCGUCUUCGCCGCGGGUGCAGUCUGUACAAGCAUCACAGCCUGAAGGGCAUUUGCUUCUAAGUGGCCGUUUCAAGAGCGACGGCAUUUUUACCGCCGAGCAGAUCAUGGGCUACAUGAGGAUGGUGGGGGCCCGGUUGGCGGUUCGUGGCGUGCCGACCUUCAUGGUUGAGGCAAAGCCCGGCCAAAGUUUCGCUGAGCUAACGCGCAUGGGUCUGGGCCGUGCCAAAGGCAUGGUUGCUUUUUGUACCGCGGAAUACGGAGCGUACACUGGAGUUGGAUAUGAGACGUUUUAUGAGCUGGAAUUCGCUCAUGACAAAGAGUUGCUUCUCAUUCCAAUUAGACUUUGUGAAGUGUGGCCGCCGGCGCCAACUGAUAAUGAAAAAGGGGCCUGGCAGAACAAACUCGUGUUCACAAACGGUCUCGUGUACAUAGACGACCGGCGGAUGCAGAAUGCUGAAGGCGUUGCUGAUCAGAUUGCUGAUUCUGUCGAACACUUAAGAAUCUUCUGA